AUAAGAUGAUCGCCAUCUUGUAUGGUUGUCUUGACACUCUCAGCGAAGUUUUCUCUACAUAAAUCUUCGUCAAUUUUCUUUCAAGACUGAAAGCAGCGAUCGUAGAAAUAGCAAAAUCACUCUCUAUGAAGGCAUUGUGAGCGUCUGAGCCCUACCAUCACCGGAUAGAUUGGUACGUGAUCGAACGGAUGAAAGAUUUUUUUGUGCAGUUUAACUGAAUUUAACAGACGUAAUAAUCGAUCAAAAUCAGUUGCAUCUACAUAGGUACAUACAUGACUUUGGUUUGAAAAAAAAACAUAUAUCUAUAAAAUAUCAAAAACAAAAAGAUAGCGCGAGGGUCUAAAACUUUUGGUUUAGUUAAAAUUUGACUAAUUUUGUUGUCUUACUGCAAAUCUCCUGAACGAACUGACAUUUCAAGGUACGUGACCUUUGAUAAGUUUAAUGUUGCCUGUAGGGUAAACGAUAUAUUGAAUGAAAUGAUCCUUUAACGCGGAACUUUUACUGUCUCUACCAGUAAAAAACAUGGGCUGUGGAUCAUCGCAAGCUGUCGCGCCUGAACAGAACGCCAUUCGUAAUGGUGACGUGAAGAGAGAAUCACCCCGACCAAAUGAACAAGAGCAUCAACCACAACCUGAGGUGAUACGACAAGAAACUCCUAAAGAAAAGAGGAAAGAUUCAGCGAAAUCAAGUAGUAGCAGCUCAAGUAGUAGCAGGUCAAGUAGUGCAAAAUCCAAGAGAAGUCGUCCUGAAACUGCACCGGGUGGAGAUGCGCCGGCUCAAAUAGAAAACCAGCAACCUGCGAAAGAAACAGAAGCUCCUCAAUCAAAUAACAACAAAGACAGUGAAGGGCCAGUGGUAGUAACAACAGUAGUAGCUGAUGAAGUUGAGAAGGUCGAAGAGGCUCCAGAUGAAACGACGACUCAAGGUGAAGGCAACAUUGAAGGAAACGAAAAACCAGCAGAGGAGCAAGAACGCGAGAAGCCGAAUUUUAGCGAGGACGUGUUGAGAGAGUUUGUGGAGGUAGAAAAUCAAAUACAGACCUUGGAAGGAAAGGGCGCUGAGAAUGAAUAUCCAAUGAAACAUGCGCGGCUUGUGGAAUUGUACAAAAAACUUUCCGAGAAUACUGUGAAAGUUCAACAGCUCAAGGCUCAAACGUGAGUGGAAAGGAAUUUUAUAUUUCCAUUUUUUUUGUUUUCAUUUAAAUAAUUACGGUCUCAACCGUAAACACACACAAAUACUGUAGUCGAAUUCGUUGAUGCCAUGAGCACCUUUCAGCUGUAAACAUUCGAUCUUUAUAAUAUUAUCGGGUUCUACUCUGUAUAUAGUGUGACACAACUUAGUACUUAAAAUCACAUCACCAGUAAGUAGACUAGCUUUGCCUGCCUGCCCCCCCCCCCACUUUUUUUCAAAAUUUUAGGAUGGGAGGGGUGGGAAUUGGGGAAUUGGGAAUUUCCACGUAGCAUUUGCAGUUGCAAGACAUGAUAUAGAAAUGUCUGAAUUUGAUCAGGUUAUGUUUCUCUGAUUAUGCUCUGUGUCAUGUUGAAUUUUAUGAAAUUUUUGUCCACUUAUUUUUCUUUAUGAAUACUUCACGAGCACUUAAUUAAAAAAUGAUAAUCAUUAUAAUAAUAGUAAUAAUAAUGAUGAUGAUGAUGAUAUUGAAGGAUUUCUACAAGACCAUGUUCAGUAUCCCAUAGUGCUGUAAGAUGCCAUGCAGGGGACUUGACAAUGACUGAUUUGAAUGUGGAGUUGAAAAUUUUCGAUGGAAUGUUGUUUUAUUAAGAAUAUUAGCAAGAGAGACAUUUUAAGUUCAAUAUGAAUGUCCAUAGCUGGGGUCAAUGUCAUUGCUUGAACAUAUUUGAUUUAUUAAUGAAAGUAUUAAUUUGACGGAGUAAAUAAGCAUUGCCAGGUUGUUGUUGUUCCAUACAUAUUAUAAGUCAAUUGAACUUUUUCCUUCUUUUUAUACCUACUAGUGCCAAAGAGUACCAGGAUGUGGUAGAUGUGAGUGCAGCAUACAAUGUGCGGUCUUUCUUUGUCAGUGCUGAUCAACUAAAUGCAGAGGUAGCUAAAGAACGGAGCGAGUAUGUGGAAGCUUUAAAUAAGCAAGAAAUUGCUGAGCAAGAACUUGAAAGCCUGAAACAACAAUAUCAGAAACUGUAUAAUGAAGUAGUAUCUGCUAAGAAGGAUCAAGAUGAGCUACAGAGCUUGAGAAAUAAAGAAGAAGAGUUGUUGGGCCGCAUUUUCAAUGAUUCUUAUGGUAGCGACAAGGAAUGGAAGUUAGAAAUGGAGCUUGAAUUACUGGCAGAAAGAAAAACAAGAAUCAGUGCUGCAAAUACUCGCUGGCAUGGUGCCAGUGUAUGUCUUACUCAUGCUACAAAGCAACUCAGUUGGAGUGCCCGGCGCUGGGCACAGAUUUCAUCGCAUAAUGUUACACUUCCAGUGGUUAGUAUUAUUCUAUCAGAUGAGCUCAUUUGACUUAAAAACAAGAUUUAGCCAUAAAUAAUUGUAAAAGCCCUUUCAAGCUUGUAGACUGGCUACAAACAAAUGGCCAGUGAGAAUGUUACUUUUAGUCUGUAUAUCAUAUUUCAUUCAUUGUAUAUCAUCAUUCAUGUAUAAAAUUAUGCUUCUGGAAUUUUGAUAUACUAAAAAUGGAGGCAAUUCCAAUAGAUGUUCAAAUUUCUUGACAUGUUCCUCAUGGGCUAAUUUGAUAAUCACUAAUGUUUUUAUUUCUUUACCCUCAGGUCAAAUAUACAAUGGUUGCAGAAACAAGAAAUCACAUUAUUGCAGCAAUUCAAAACAUCUCUAGUGCUUAUGGGAGCCUCAAACCAGUGACUGCUCCUUACUGCACUCCAGAAGACCUGGAGGUUAGAAAUAAUUGCUCUUGAUAUCAAUGUGAAUAACAGAUAUAUAAACCCCUAGUUUGUCAUCGAUUUCUGAUGAUUACACCACCCACUUGCAUUAACUAAUGUAUGCACCCUUUGGGAAGAUACAUCAAUUUAGGGGUUUAAUUUUGUCUUAUUGUGAGUAGUCAGCUAGAAAGAUUGCACUCCAUAAUAUAUGCACUUCCCAUGUACAUGUACAUGCUGUGGGACACAGUUAAGUGCUAGGUUGGCAAUUGAGACAAAAAUGUGUCAACUUGGAACUCAAGGCCAUGACUACAUUAGACAUUUUUCCAUUGUUCAUUUUGGAAAAAUGUAGCCCAGCCACUCAUUUGUUGUUCAUGAGUGAAAUAUUAGGGUUUUUCAAGAGAUGAAUAAAACAUGACCUGAACAGUGUUAUUCUUUAAAGUAAAUUGAUUGGAGUAUAUAUAUUUUUACAUUAUAACAGGCAAUUUCCCAUUCUGUUUACUAAGAUCAUCAAUUAUUGUUUCAUUGGUUAUAGGUUUUGAAGGCGAUUACAAACUCAAUUUUCAAUGAUGUCAAUGUGCCAGCAAGUUAUCAGAAGACAUAUAAUGUGCUUUGUGUAAUCUUCUCCAAAUGUUCAAGCCUUCUUCAAUGGGUUAAUCGUGUUGUUGAGGAAACCAUCUCUAAAGACUUAGCUGAAGUGAAGAAGGAAUUCCAUGAAAAGUACUAUGAACUGAAAGAGGAAAGAAUGAAUCUGAUUAAAAGUAAAGUGAAGGAAAAACUUGGAGUUGAACUGGAGGUAUGCAGCAUGUGCAGGUUCAGUGGUUUAUGCCUAAAUUCUCCUUAGUGUAAGAGAUACAUUGGCCUAAUUGUCAGUGGGCAGGACUUUGUAUCCAAAGGUCCAGGCUCGAGCUCUCAUCAUGCAGGGUUAAUUCAUGUUGUAUUGUGUUCUUUGGCAAGACACUUCUCUCUUGUGAUGAUUCUUGUCAGAGAGGAAUAUAAAUAGGUAGCUGCAACUGUCAAAGGAGAACUGACAAAAUAUUAGGAUAACUCGAAAUGGACUGUCGUCCCAUCCAGUAGAGUAGCAAUAUUUACAUGUACUUGUUUAUGGCAGCAAAACUGCAUGUUCUGUGUGGUAAUGGUCUCUUAUUGGCUUUUAUGCAAGGUUUGUUUAGUUUGCAUAAAUGAUGGCAAUGAUUAGAUGAUGCAAAUAUAAUGAUAGAAAAUGCAGCAUAAAAAUUCACUUUUUCACUCUUCAAAGCUGUAACUGUUUAUCAAGGCAGAAUGCAGUGGUAACAUUUUAGUAUCUCGUUGCAAAGAUCUUCAGCAUGUUCAUCAUUUUUGGGGUCAAAAGAUAUGUCCUCAUAAUUUCUUAACAUUCAAAUUCAAUGGUUACCUUGUAAUUUUGUUUUUUGAUCAGAUGGAAGUAAAGAGAGAUGAAUUCGUAGAUGAUGACUCCUCUGCUGAAGAAGCUGACAUUGCCAAACCAGGAGCAGUUGCCAAAGAAGAGGGAGAUGAUCAGGCUCCUGAGCCAGAGGAUAAAGAAGGGUUACCUGCAGAGGCUCCACCCUCUGGAGAUGGGGAGGCACCAGCUGAGGCAGAAGCUGGGGGAGACAGUGCUGAUGCCCCGCCCAAACCUGUGCCUUUGUCUGAACUUGCUCCUCCUCCAAACCAAGAAGAUCUCUUUGGUAACAUUGAUCAACUAAAGAAACAACACGAAGAGGAGCUGGCAGAGUUCGAGAAGCAGCAAGAAUUAAACAAGACUCGUGUAGAGCAAGGCUUGCAGGAGAAGCUGAGAGCGCGGCGAAGCAGGAGGCGUAAGAUGCAGGCUCAAGAGGCUGAAGCAAGUGCACUCUCUGGAGGGGAAGGUAGCAGUGAGCCUCCGCCACCUUCAGAAAUGGGACUCUAACUCUAAGUAAAUGAGACCUUUUCUUGCCUGUUGUUUAUUGCUUGACACUUUGCGUGUAGAAAGACAUAUUGAUCCUACGGUAGUCUAGCUUUUAGAUUUGGAUUCCUUUGCAACACUGACUGAAGAUGAACCUCAGUUCACAACCGCGUGAUUCACUGAUGUUUCUUGCUGAUAUUGAUGGAAAGGAAUGAGUAAGCGUCAGAAGUGGUUUGUGGCAGUACUAUUAAGAACAACUCUGCCCAUUUUUAGAUCACUCCCUCUUUUUAAUGGAAAAGGGCGGGACGUUGUCUCAAUUUGGUCAGAUUUGUGGUCGAGUGUUUGCGAGCUGAGGUCCAUACGUAUAUCCAUAUUUUUCGAAAUGUAAAAACUCGCAAAAUUAUCUAUUUGAUCUUGCCCAGUCUGCACAUGUAGUACAUAAUUUAAUCACGUAGACAUUGUAAGCGCAUCCUGCUCUUAGUUGAUUGAACUGCAAUUUUCCCUGCACAGGGUUAAGUAUCAAGUGCAUUUUUUGAGCCGCACUGCCUACCCUAAAGAGGUAUUGAAUUUGUUGAUGGUGUUCUGUUGUGUUGUGGGAUAUCAUAAACACAGAGUUUCUUCACAGCGAUUGCAACUGGGCAUUUGCUUAAUUUUUGCAACUAUGAAGCGAUUCAAGGAAUAAAUAAUAUAUACCUUCUUUUUUGUUGAAGGUUUCAGGAGAUAAUGAUCUUUCAUUCCGACACGUACACAUUUUACCAGUAAAGCUAGGGCUAGAUGCAUUCUAUGAAGUUUACAUCGCCUGAAAGAGAGAAAGAAAAAUAAUGUGAACAAUCAUUGAGAAAAUAUUUGCAUUAUGUGGAAAGGAUGUUUUUCAUAUUUUUCUACAGGAAUUAUUUAUGUAAAGCCAGGAUAUGACUCUUUCUUAAAUUUUUUCAAUUUAUUUUCUUGUUUUUUUUCACUGAAAACUAGAUGUACCUGGAUUAGUGCAUUUAACUGAAAAAUUAAGGUUAGCAUUUAGAAUUUGGCAAAUUAGAGUUGACUCUAAUUUUAAAUACAUAUGGUCGUUGAUUUGCUAUUGUUUUUACCGACUUGGAAUGAAGUGAAGCGCACGCUUAUAAGUGAUCAUUUUGUGUUUUAUCGUAUUCGAGUGUUGAUUGUAGAUGGUUUUUAAAGGUUUCAUUCAGGUCUUACCUUGAAAGUAGUCUGAGUGGUCGAGUGUAAUUUAGCUUGUCCCGUUUGUGGGACUGAGAAAAAAUGUAGUUCGGUGACGUGAAGGUGUUGAUCAUUUUCAAAGAUUGUAAUUUAGACAUCUGAAAUAUUAGAUUGUUGUAGAUUUGUAAAAUACUUGUAACGCGUACAUACGCAUGCACCUUCGGUGGCUUGUUGUUAAGUUCAAGGUCACCAUGUAUUUAUUUGGAUCUUUCGAGAAAGAAUAAAAAGUUCAAUGGAA